CAGCGCGCGACUGGCUCGCUGCAGUACACCCCACAUCCCUCUCGCGCUCAGAACGGGACCGGCAUUUUUGCUAAACUACUACUGAACUAGUGGCUGUGGAAAACACCAGCAAGGCAGGAAAAAAGGGCAAUCAGUAAAAGAGAAGGAGUAGGACCUGUGGAGGAGCUUUUUUUCACAAGUAAAGGAACACAGCAGGAGCAAGAGGGGCUGUUCCUGAGGAGCCUGGAGGAGCUGCUGGUGUGGGACAGUGCUGCUGCAUUCUUCUUCCAAGAAGGGAGGGGGAGAGGAACUGUGGCUGGUUUGCAGCCAUGCAUCGCUUAAGGACUACAGUGGCAAGGCUUCGGCCUGCUGUGGCUGCACACACAGCCCAGAGCAUAUCACAGCCCAGACCUUUGGUGGUCAAAGGGGGCCUAAGGACGUUUCAGCCUUUGAGGUGUCUCAGUGCAUCUGUGGCCUCUGAGCCUUUUCUCAAUGCCACCAGCUCUAACUAUGUGGAGGAGAUGUACUAUGCGUGGCUGGAGAAUCCCAAGAAUGUGCACAAGUCCUGGGAUAUAUUUUUUCGUAAUGCUAAUGCUGGGGUGCCACCUGGAAUGGCCUACCAGAGUCCUCCACCCCUCAGCGGGACUGCUCAGGGACUGGCCAGUGUCCAGACGCUGGUGGGGGCUCAGCCCAAUAUGGAGAAGUUGGUGGCAGAUCAUUUAGCUGUACAUUCACUCAUACGAGCAUACCAGGUACGAGGGCAUCACAUAGCCAAGCUGGACCCCCUGGACAUCAGCUGUGUAGACUUUGAUGAUGCCCCAUGUGCUGUGGGUUUCCAAAAUGUUGACUUGUCUCAUUAUAAUGAACGUCUGUGUAAUUUGACUCUUGAAGGUUUUUAUGGACUGGCUGAAUCUGAUUUGGACAAAGUGUUUCGUCUUCCCACCACCACCUUCAUUGGAGGCACGGAGAGCACUUUGCCACUCAGAGAGAUUAUACGCCGCCUUGAGUUGGCCUACUGUCAGCAUAUUGGAGUGGAGUUCAUGUUCAUUAAUGAUGUGGAGCAGUGCCAGUGGAUCAGGCAGAAGUUUGAGACACCAGGAAUCAUGCAGUUCAGUCCAGAGGAGAAGAGGACCCUGCUGGGGAGAAUGAUCCGAUCCACCAGGUUUGAGGAGUUUCUUCAGAGAAAAUGGUCUUCAGAAAAACGUUUUGGUCUGGAAGGCUGUGAGUCGCUCAUCCCAGCCCUCAAGACUAUCAUUGACAAGUCCAGUCAGAGUGGAGUGGAGAGUGUCAUCAUGGGAAUGCCUCACAGAGGCAGGCUCAAUGUGCUGGCUAAUGUGAUCAGAAAGGAGCUGGAACAAAUCUUCUGCCAGUUUGACUCCAAAUUAGAGGCAGCAGAUGAGGGAUCUGGGGAUGUAAAAUAUCAUUUGGGGAUGUAUCACAAGAGAAUGAAUCGAGUCAGUGACAAGUACAUCACCUUGUCACUGAUGGCAAAUCCCUCACACCUGGAAGCGGUGGACCCCGUGGUGCAGGGAAAGACCAAGGCUGAGCAGUUCUACUGUGGUGACAUUGAGGGCAAGAGGGUGAUGUCUAUUCUGCUUCAUGGUGAUGCUGCGUUUGCAGGCCAGGGUAUUGUCUAUGAGACAUUCCAUCUAUCUGAUCUUCCAUCUUACACCACUCAUGGCACCAUUCAUGUGGUUGUAAACAACCAGAUUGGUUUUACCACGGAUCCGAGGAUGGCACGUUCAUCUCCAUAUCCCACAGAUGUGGCACGAGUGGUUAAUGCGCCCAUCUUUCACGUCAAUGCAGACGAUCCAGAGGCCGUGAUGUAUGUGUGCAAUGUGGCAGCGGAGUGGAGGAACACCUUCCACAAAGAUGUGGUUGUAGAUCUGGUGUGUUACAGGCGAAAUGGCCAUAACGAGAUGGAUGAGCCCAUGUUCACUCAGCCACUGAUGUACAAGCAGAUCAAAAAACAGAAGGGAGUACUGCAGAAGUUUGUGGAAAAACUCACCGCGGAAGGAGUCGUCACAACACAAAAAUACGAGGAAGAAGUGGCGAGGUAUGACAAGAUCUGUGAGGAGGCGUACACUCGCUCCAAAGAUGAGAAAAUCCUCCAUAUUAAACACUGGCUAGAUUCACCAUGGCCUGGUUUUUUCACUCUGGAGGGCCAGCCCAAAAAUAUGAGCUGUCCUUCCACGGGCAUCACUGAGGAGGAGCUCAAACAUAUUGGAAACAUUGCAGCUUCUGUCCCUGUGGAAGACUUCACUAUUCAUGGAGGUCUGUCUCGUAUCCUAAAGGGUCGUGGAAACAUGGUGAGCCAGCGAGUAUGUGACUGGGCUCUUGGGGAGUACAUGGCCUUUGGCUCUCUGCUCAAAGAGGGAAUUCAUGUACGCCUAAGUGGGCAGGAUGUGGAGAGAGGCACCUUUAGCCACCGACAUCAUGUUCUCCAUGACCAGAACGUCGACAAAAGGAUUUGCAUCCCAAUGAACUACAUCUCCCCUGAUCAAGCUCCUUACACUGUCUGCAACAGCUCCCUGUCAGAAUACGGAGUACUAGGGUUUGAGUUAGGCUUUGCCAUGGCCAGUCCCAAUGCUCUGGUUCUGUGGGAGGCCCAGUUUGGAGACUUUCAUAACACAGCACAGUGUAUCAUCGAUCAGUUCAUCAGCUCAGGUCAGGCCAAGUGGGUCAGACAGAACGGCAUAGUGCUGCUUCUACCUCAUGGUAUGGAGGGAAUGGGUCCAGAGCACUCCUCUGCCCGGCCAGAAAGGUUCCUGCAGAUGUGCAAUGAUGAUCCAGAAGUACUUCCUAAACUGUCAGAUGACUUUGCAAUGCGUCAGCUUCAUGACUGUAACUGGAUUGUGGUCAACUGCUCUACUCCUGCAAACUACUUCCAUGUUCUCCGCAGACAGAUCCUGCAACCUUUCAGGAAGCCUCUGAUUAUCUUUACUCCUAAGUCUCUGUUGCGCCACCCAGAGGCCAAAUCCAGUUUUGAUGAUAUGCUGCCAGGCACCCAUUUCAAGCGUGUAAUCCCAGAUGAUGGACCUGCAGCCGCCAGCCCAGAAAAGGUGAAGAGGGUUAUUUUCUGCUCUGGUAAAGUCUACUAUGAGCUGACUCGUGAACGCAAGAACAGAGGCCUGGACAGUGAAGUAGCUGUCAUCCGCAUCGAGCAGUUGUCUCCAUUCCCUUUUGAUCUGGUGAGAAAUGAAACUGAUCGUUACCCAAAUGCUGACCUGCUGUGGUGUCAGGAGGAGCACAAGAACCAGGGCUACUAUGACUAUGUCAAGCCCCGCAUCCGCACCACCAUCAACAGAACCCGCCCUGUUGGGUACGCUGGUCGUGAGCCUGCAGCUGCUCCAGCUACUGGGAACAAACAAACUCACCUCAUGGAGCUUCAGCGUUUCCUGGACACAGCAUUUGAUGUGUAGACAUUCUCAGGAAAACUCCAACCAUCCAAAUGUAACUCUCCUCAACACUUGGACUUCACUGCAUUUUGAAGGUUGUUUCCUUAUACUUUACAUAUCAGGCCUGUUAACAGGUGUAAACAGUACGCACAAUGACUUACUGAUGUCUAACACUGUUACCAUAUAAACCUCAUGUCUGCAGUGGUGGACUAUUGGGAAAAGAAGAAUAAACCUGCUCUGAAUUUCUAUGAAAUUAAUUUGAGUUUUUAGAUAUUAAGUUUUAUCUUUUCACUUGCUUUUAUAAUUACUGGAUGAUUUCACUUUCUCCAGCUCUGAUUGUAUUUGACAGCUCAUCUGUCACACCCACAAAACUAUCAAAAGAGAUAACACAAGCACUGCCUCGACAGUCUUUUGAAUGCACAUGUUGUAGCAACCAAAUGUGAUGUUUAAUGUUUAAGUUGAUUAGACUUCUGUGACAAUGCUUUAAAAGACUCACACAACGUGGUCACCCUGCAAAGCUUACAGAAAGCAACGUACUGAUGGUGACUGAAUGUUUUAAGACAAACUUAGGGAGGUUAGAUGUAAGGAAUUUAAAUUAAAUCAAAUGGAAAAUUUAAAAAAAAUGGUACUGCUUGGAAACGAUUUGGAAAGUAUUGGUAGUACUCAUGCAUACUAGCAUGAAUAACAUUGAAAUCCUGACUGAAAAAACUGUUUUUAUUUUCUUGUUUCUCAACUCAAAACAUAACCUAACUUUGUUCCCACUUUGUUGUUCAGUUUUCAUCUGAAUCUUUUCUUUCCUCAUUGUCCUGCCACAUAAUUGUAAAUGUCUCAGUGCCAAAUAACAUGGAUUACUUGAAAUUAGUUUAAUUGCAUCAAAAUCAUGCCAGUAAAGGUAGUAAACUGUCCCUGUGAAAAUCCUCAGCUUCCCAGAAAUGAAGGAUGUAUUUAUUUUCAUACAGUGGUGUUUUAUUGUUUUCAGAAAAUAAAGAAUUUACAGUUGUUCCACAGU